AUGGACGAUCCCGAAUUGGCCAGAAUACGUGCUCAACGGAUGGCCACGCUCCAAGCGAAGGCCGGCGGCGGCGGUGGUGGUGGUCGUGGUGGCGGCGGCUCAGAAAGGGAUGGUGAAGAAGCCGAACGCCGCCAACAAGAGCAAGAAAUGGCCAAGAAUUCAAUUUUAUCGCAAGCUCUCGAUCAGGCUGCACGCGCGCGGUUGAACACACUUGCUCUGGCCAAACCCGAGAAAGGGCAGAUGAUUGAAAAUUUAAUUCUUCGGAUGGCUACAUCUGGUCAGCUUAGGGGCAAAAUGUCCGAGCAGGAGCUAAUCGGGCUUUUGGAGCAAGUGAGCGAGAAAUCCAAAGUCACAACUACAGUGAAGUUUGAUCGACGUCGAGCUGCUCUUGAUUCUGACGAUGAUGAUUUUUGA